AAGAUCCUGGCAUCCUGUCUUUCAAGAAGGGAGACUUGCUAAUCUUCACUGAAGACAAAAGGCUGGAUGCAGACUCUGGCUGGAUCUGUGCCCAGAAUGAAAGGACAGGCAAAACAGGGAAUGUAUUUCUGGAAGACAUCUACAUCAUUCCUUCUCUCACAAAACCCUCUAGUCAAGUGCUGAAUUUGCUGAUGAUGUCUCCAGACCAGAGGAGGACAGCUUCACAAAACUCUUUCAUGGAGGAACCUGAUGAAGAGGCUGUCAAGGUGAAGCCUUACACCCUGGAGGAGUUCUCCUACGAACACUUCAGGACUCCUGAGAAGGAAUCCAUCAGCAAAGCUGUUCUCCAGAAAUCCCGUGGGCACAGUCAACUGUGGGCACACUCUAAGGAGCCUCUGAAACAGCCGUUGCUGAAGAAAGCAUGCACAGACCCUGAUCUUCGGGAUUUGGCAUGUCAGGCCUUCAUUGCCAUCAUGAAAUUCAUGGGAGACUACCCCUCAAAACAGGCACACUCCUCCGUGGAAGUCACUGACCAGAUAUUUGUGCCAGCUAUCCAGGAGGAGAUCCUGCGGGAUGAGAUUUACUGUCAGAUUAUGAAGCAACUGACUGAGAACCGAAAUAGGUACAGUGAGACCAAGGGUUGGCAGCUCCUCUGGCUCUGCACUGGCCUCUUCCCACCCAGCAAGUCACUGCUCAAACACACCCAAAAGUUCAUGGAGACACGUCAGAAAGAAACACUGGCCCCGGGGUGCCGUCGGAGGAUUCAAACAGUAAUGAGGAGYGGCUGCAGGAAGUGGGCACCUCAUCCUGUGGAGGUUGAGGCCAUCUUACAGAACAACACUAAGAUCUCACAUAAGAUUUGCUUCCCCAAUGAAACAGAACAGACAUUUGAUGUGGGAACAAACACCAAAAUCCGGACUCUGUGUCAGAACAUUGCUUCCAGAUUGCAGCUGAACUCCUGGGAAGGUUUCAGCCUAUUUGUGAAGAUUGCAGACAAGGUGAUCAGUCAGAAUGAAGCAGACUACUUCUUCGACUCACUAAGGCAGGUGACAGACUGGAACAGGAGGAACAAACCGGGGAAAGAUGGGACUGCUCUGUCUGUGGCCUAUGAGGUGUACUUCAUGAGAAAGCUGUGGCUGAAUGUUACUCCUGGCAAGGACCUGAAAGCUGAUACCAUUUUCCAUUACCACCAGGAGCUGCCAAAGUACCUCAGAGGCUACCACAAGUGUUCCAAGGAUGAAGCUGUGCAGCUGGCAGGGCUGAUUUAUAAAGUGAAUUUCAACAAUGACCGCACACAGCUGGCAGCCAUCCCCAAAAUCCUGAAGGAGCUGGUGCCAGACAAUCUGCUCCGAGCAGUAUCACCAGAUGAAUGGAAGAAGAGCAUUAUUGCAGCAUAUAGUAAACAUGAAGGAAAAACUGUGGAUGAGGCAAAGAUUGCUUUCUUGAAAAUGAUACACCGGUGGCCAACGUUUGGAUCAGCCUUCUUUGAGGUGAAGCAAGCCUCGGAACCCAAUUUCCCAGAGAUAGUACUGAUUGCAAUCAACAAGCAAGGAGUCUUGCUGAUACAUCAGAAGACAAAGGAUAUUUUAACUGUCUAUCCCUUCAAUAAAAUCUCCAACUGGAGCAGUGGGAGCACAUACUUCCACAUGACAAUAGGAAACCUAGUACGAGGAAACCGGCUCUUAUGUGAGACAUCUCUGGGUUACAAAAUGGAUGACCUGCUAACAUCCUAUGUUCGCCUACUCAUGAAUGCUGUAAACAAGCAAAAGAACCUUCCAGCCUGAGAGUGGAAAUAGAGCCCAUGACCUGUAUUUGUGCCAAGCUACCUGUAAUUUCAUAUCCCAGAAGAAAUGCAAUUUAAAAAAUAUUAAUCUUGAUGAUCAAUCUUCUGAUCACACACCAAAUGAACUGAGUUGCUGAAAUACUACUAUGAAAGAAGCUCAAGUGAGAAUGUGCUUUUAAAUAUCUGUAACACUUAUGUCUUAGUUGCAGUAUGAGAAUUCCAUUCAGAUUUUGGAUUUAGAGAAAGUUUAGCUGGACUUUAACGUUCUGUGGAAGUGGAGAAACUUUGUGAGGGCCCCUUCUAAUAGCUUGAAUCUCCUCUAUUCAAAGACAGACGCACAGUCUUCCUUUAGGAAAGAAAAUGCCCCUCAUAGUAUAUGCUCUGCUCUUAUCAAAUGCACAACUCCAAGAGUGUUUGGAAACAAAGGCAAUUUUAUUUUUUUCCUAUUGGCAAUUCUAGUAGUGGAGAGAUGCCCUUAGUUGAMAUUUGAACACUUUGAAAGGUAAGAUCCUGGGUUUCAUCCUCUGGUAUCCAGAUCACAUGCUGCACAUUACAGKAGACAGCCAACUACUGUCAGAACGUUAACUGUCCUUCCUGUGCACUGCUAAACUUGCAAGCUGUCACCUGACUUACCACAGCCCCCCUAAAAUUAAAUAAUCUUCUUCCUUCCCCAUGUUAUAAUAUUCUUGGAAACUAACAACAUUUUCUAUUAUGCAGUUUCUACUAAGUAUUGAAAUGAGUCUGGGGUUUGGGUCCAUCACUUCUAGUUGCUCCUAUUUCAAGAUAUAGACACGCUGUUCAGUGCAAACCAGAAUUGAAGAACUCAGUCUAGCAGAGGUCUGUUGAAAAGAGACUUUUCUGCUCUACAAAAACAUUCUGUUGGGAGUUAUGCAGACAUUCCUUCAUGAGAAAAGAGUAA